AUGGGCGCGCCAUUGAAGGACCGCGAUACGUUCCUUGAACAGGGCAUCGAGACGAACGUACUUUAUGUCGUCCUCUUCCAUAUCCCACAACCUGAAUUCGUACAUGGAGACCGUAGAGCCGCCGAUACUCUCGAUCAAACAACGGAUCACAACGAAGCUUCGGAUUUCGUUUGCCGAUUGUUCCAUACCACCAAGAUUCUACGCGACUACAAGCAGAUAUUCGACUCCGACAUCAAGGAACAGAUCAAUGCGGCUCUGGCAGACAUCGGGGAGCGCUACAAUCACAAGUUCGGGUUACUUAUCAAGGACGAGCACAUGGCUGGUGUUAUAGACAUUGCUAGAGAGAUGGUCAAGAUGCACUUCAAGGUCCUGGAGACGGCUGUGGUAGGAGAAACUUAUGUAGCCCAAGAGUUCCUACCGAAGAUGGACGAGGCUGUGGGAUGGAAUCAUGCACGCGGAUUUGGCUGGUAG